GGCCUGUUAUUUUUUUGUUGUUGUUGUUUUUUUUUGUUGCUGUUGGCGGUGUGGCAGUUGUAUCGGAGUGCUGCAACACCAUGAGGAUUCAAAUAUGGGUCCUAACACUUUUGCUGGGCCUCCUCUGCGCCCAGGCACUGGAAACCAACGCCAAGAGCGACAGCACCAGCAGCAUCGGCGAUAGCAAGAGCGCCGCCUCCACGCCGCUGGAGUCGGAGGCGUCUAAGGACAAGCGCCAGGUGAGCAGCAAGGAGACGCCCCUCUAUCCCAAUCACCGCAGUGCGGAUCCAGCGGCAGCCGACGAUCCCGAGGACGGGCAGGAGACCAUUUACGGCACGAAGCCGAAUCAGUUCAUCAUACGGCCCAUUGCCCCGCAUCAGCAUCAGCAGCACGAGGGGCACCAGGAGCCGCAGCUACGGAACUUUGCGGCGGCCAACUCCCGGCCGCAUGCCGCCCAACUGCUGGAGCAGAGCCAAGAGGUGCAGCAUUAUGUCUACCUGCAAGAUAUUAUGCGCCAUCACCAGCCCAAGGCCCUGGGGGCCUCAGGUCAAGGCAAGGGUGCGGCCAGCAACCCGAAGAAGUCGUCCACACCCGUCGCUGAAGAGGAACAGGAGCAGGAGGCGGAGCAGCGCUAUGCCGUUUCUAUUCAGCCACAGCCACAGCCGCAGCUGCAGCAACGCCCUCGUCCCUAUCCCGGAGUGGGUCCCUACCAGCUACCACUACCAUUGCCCGCUCCCCAGCAUCAGCAGGGUCAUCUCCAACAGCAUCAACACCAGCACCAAUCCCAGCAGCCAUAUCAGGUCAUACCCGAGGAGCAGUUCCUGAAACUGCUGGAGGAAGAGUUGCAGGCGAGAGCCUACCACGAGCAACUGCGUCAACAACAGCAACAGCAGCAGCAGCAGCAGCAGCAGCAUCAGCAGCAACAGCAUUCCCAGCAGCAGGCGCAACAACAGCAGCACAAGCAAUUGUCCAUCCACAGCACAGCGGCCACCCACAAGGUGCUCCAGCAGGCGGAACCGUCUCUGGGCUUGGGCGGCUAUCGCGAUCGUUUGGUGGCCGAGCAGGAGCUUGUGUCGCCUGCCUAUUCACAAUCCCCGUCCCGAGGGGGUCCCAAGUAUCUGCCCUUGUCACAGGCCCAGCAAUUCGAGGAGGAGGAGGUGGCCCAGCAGCAGCAACAGCAGCAACAGCAGCAGCAGCAGCAGGCCCAGCGCAGUCAUCUACACAAGCCCAUCCACCAUCAGGGACAACCGCAUCAGCAGCAACUAAUCUCCGGUCUUCCCCCACAGAUUGCCUACUACCAACCGCAGAUCAGCUACAAGACCCUGCCCAACCAUCCGCUAGCCAAGUCCUCGCUGGAAAGUGAGAUUGAGAAACUGCUGGCUGCCAAUAAGCCCGGACCGGCCCUUGCCUAUGUCGACAGCAGUAAUGAGCCGACUUAUAACCACCAGCAGCCAUCGGCUCGCCACCCGCUGCCUCUACAGCAUCCGCCGCCGCCCACCUCGCAUCCAGCUCUGCGCCAACCCAAGGCCUACCUGGCCAGUACCCCCAACUCCCUGUUGGACGCUAACAACCAGCCCUUCGUCCCGUCACUCUUCAAGUUCAGCAACUACCAGCAGCCCACGCCCAUCUAUCCAACUCAGGCCGCUCCCCUUUCAGAGCCCAAGAGGCUAGGACCCGUGGUGUACCCUACGCAGACCGCCAACCAACCACAGCCCUCGCAAUAUUACUACCAGGAGGCGGCACCCACUGCCGGUCCCAAGCCAUCCCCCCACCCAAAGCCCUACCUUCGCUCCAAGCACUAUAAACUGGCCGCACCCUCGAAGGCUCUGCUCUAUGCCGACUACGAUCGCAGUCAGGGACCACCGCCACCGCAGUCGGCUUCGUCCAGCUUCUAUCCCAGUCCGCCGGAUCCGAUAAAGCAUACACAGAGAACCCUAGGAGUGACACCCACAUCUCUUCCCCUGCCCGACUAUCCCUCGCCGUCGCCUUCUCAGUCCAGCAUCUAUGUUUCGCAGGGUACUGGAAUCGUGACGCCAUCCCGCGCUACGCCCACAGGCACGCCGGUCCAGAAGCUGCGGACGCUGGACGAAGUGAAGCAGCUGAAUCUGCCGCCCCCUAACGGAAAGCCCCUAACCCAGGCCGAGUUCCAGGCGCUGGUCGAUGCCGGAUACCCGGUGAAGGCGGUGCCAGUGCCAGUGCCCGUCCCAUACGAGCAAUACGUCAAGGAUCAUCCCGAGUAUCGCAAUCACCCUCCAGUGGACUAUGCCCACCUCAUGCGACUGGCCACGCGCCAGUUGGCCAGCCAACAGCAGCAACAGCAGCAUCACCAUCAUCGCUCGUUGGCCGCCCCCUCGGAGCCGUCGGUGAAGAUCAUCUCCUCGCCCACGGCCAGCGAUCUACAGCAGCAGACGGCAACGGGCAUUGGCGGCGGCAGCGUCACCUAUUUGCAGCCCAUCGAGGGACAACAAGCCCAUCUGCAUGCACAUGCCCACGCCCUACAGAAGCGACGUCCGAGAGAUGAGCAGGACACGGCCGUGGCGGGCAGUGAGACUAAGGCGGCCGCACCAGAGGCGAAAGCGCGACCGCAGACAGCACAGAAGGCUCAAUGAGGCAAGCGGC